CUAGAAGUUGGGUGGAAGACAGAAAGUUCGAUCAUGUACUUCGGCCACUCAGAUUGCAGACUCUAGAAGGCAAGAAGAAGGAUGACGAGCCCCGAUCAGCCUGGUCGACUGUCCUCAUCCAGCAUUGGCCACGACGAGCACGCGGGAGAAGGGCGCGCGCCUGUCUUUCACGGAUAUCUGUGCGAGGGCGUCGGAGGAGGAGAGAAUGUUUUCGACUGGUCGGCUCCGAAGCGAAUAUUUGAGAGCAGCGCGCUGGCACGGCCUGGGUACGACGAGACCAUCGCCGCCCACGAAUAUGAAGACUCUGAUGAAGUUUUGCGCGACAAAGCUUUUUUGCUGUUAGGCAUGCUCACGCACGCUGCCACGCAAGGAAAAAAUUGCGUGGCGUACACGGGUGCAGGCAUUUCUACGUCGGCCGGCGUCGAUGACUACGCGUCAGGAGAAGGCAGCUCGGCACUCGACACUUGUCCGAAGCAGCUACAAGGGUGGCCGUCGGCGUCUCAAGACGUCAACAAAAUGAAGUCUUUCUACUUGGCGCAACCGACAUUCUGCCAUGAAGUGUUAGCCGCAUGCUAUCGAAAGGGUCUACUGCAUUACUGGGUCCAACAAAAUCACGACGGUUUGCCGCAGAAAGCUGGUAUACAUAUGGAUGCUACAAUUACACCGUAUCCGUGUAAAAACAUCGUUAGAGGUUGUAACUGUAUCAUUAGUAGUCCCUGAAUCUUCUCAAUCUUAUUGAUGACGUUUUUCCUUAUUUUAGUUCCAAGAAUGAAGACAAAUUGUUGUUUAAUAACUAGGUGUGCCACAAUGCGCUUUGAACGAGAUUCAUGGCUCUUGGUAUGAUUGCAGCAACCCCGUCGUGCCUAUGUCUGGGCAGCUCCGAUCGGAUCUGUUUCGCGAUUUCGAGGAGUGCCGAGAGAAGGCGGACAUCGUUCUCGCCUUUGGCACUAGUUUAGCAGGUAUGAACGCGGACAGCCUGUGCCAAGCCACGGCUUUACGAUGCAUCCAGCAAGAUGCGGACGAAAUAGCACAGCAAGCAGGGCGUCCUGAUAGUGGAGAAACUUCGGCACAACGUGAGGAUGGUGACACGACUGAAGCGUCCAAGGAGGCACUUCUGGACCAUCGCAUGCGGUUCGGCGGGUUGGUCAUUUGCAGCUUGCAGAAAACGUCCUACGACAAGCUGGCAGCUUUACGCAUCUUCGCGAAGCUCGACCGGCUGGGAGAAAUGAUAGUUGAGGUAGAAAGUCGGUUGAGGACGAGGAAGAUGGCCUCAUCUUUUACGCCACCGGUUGACGAUUGCACCCAGAGUCUCGCGAGCAUGCUAGAGAGUGGUUGCUUUUCGGAGACAAUCCGUGCCGAGGUGGACGACGUGGACCCUGUGACGGGAAAGGAAAUGGCCGUCGAGACCGAGCGCAUCGUGUACCCGCCAAGGAUUUUGUCGGAGCCUCACCUUGCGCAGCGCAACUUAGAGGAAGACGUUUUUCUCAUCCCCUACGAUGCGGAGACGGGGCGCCGUUUUUCGGAGUUGGACCACGUUCUUGGGACGAUUGGCGGAGCGUUAUUUGAAGAGCUGCAAGCGGAACAGCACCAGCCCUCUUCGUCUACGAAAAUGACCGUGAUGAGGCGCGGCUCUCAGCGAGCCCGCGACGUUCUCGCGCGCGCGGUCGCGGCGCUCGAUCCCGCCAAGCUUACGAAGCUGGACUUGCGAGAGGACGCGUCGGUGCGGCUCUGCAUCGGUCCGCAUAUCGGAGACGACGGGGAGGUCGUCGGCAAACAGAGAGAAGGGCACUACAAGAUUCGAUUCAAGCACGCGUUGAAACCUGGAGCAAAACUGAAGGCGCCCUUCGAAAGAAUUCUGGGGACAUGGUGGAUUGAGGCCCUCAUGAAGGGUGAGGUGGAAGUGGCUCCUAUACUCAAUGUUUCGUAGUAUGUAUGAUUGCUAAUUUUAGCACUCACUGAAGAGCUAAUUGCUUCUAUCAACCGGAUACGUUCCCUCGUCGUAUUCCUCUCAUCCGAAGGAUUUGGCUUUUAGAACUUCGUGAUGAUUAACAAAUUAUAGGCCGCUAGCGGAUGAAACAAGACG